AUGGCUGAGGCUGGCUUCGCAAGGACACCGGAGCAGCUCAAGAUAAAAUGGAAGAACCUACGAACGGCGUAUAUUAGCGCCAAAAAUAAAAAUAAUAGAAGUGGACACGAUCCAGCAAGUUGUCCACACUUCGCUAUUUUAGACGACCUGCUUGGGGGUCGUCCCUUGUCCCAAGCCGGACAAAAUGGGGUGGACUCCGGAUUCCCGGCAGCCAACCAAGAAGCAGCAACAGACAUGGAGUCAACAGCAGAAACCGAGAUGGGCGGCCAUGUUGAGACAGCAGAGCGUGGAGAAGAGGCUUGUCCCGUUGCUGGGACCUCACAGUGCAGUUCCCCGCUGCAGAGCAACUCGGAGUUACUAGAGAUAAGUGCUCAGAGACCUCGUCGGAGGCGGCAGGGAAGCGACGUCGCUCUCCUAUGCGACUUCUGGCGAGAGCGUCAUCGGGAGCGCGACGAGCAACAGAGGGAGCGCGACGAGCAACAGAGGGAGCGCGACGAGCAACAGAGAGAGAGCGACGACCGACAGGAGCGGACGCUGGCCUGUUUUCUCGGGGAGAUAAGAGCCACAAACAGACUGUUCGGCGCAGUUCUGGACUCCAUUAACAGACUGACGCCUCCGGCACCCACCUCCCACCCACCUAGGAACUCCACCCCACGACCAGGGUAUCUGGCCUUCCCAAGACCUUUAAGCCCGGUGUACCACCCACAAACUCCAUCCACCCCCUCACGACCAAGGCCAAUGACCUCCGACCCGGAAGCCUACCCAGGGUACCACCGUGCCCUUCCAGGCCCAUCAAGCCCGGCGCCAUCCACCCCCUCUUCGCCAAUGACCUCCGACCCGGAAGCCUACCCAGGGUACCACCGUUCCCUUCCAGGCCCAUCAAGCCCGGCACCAUCCACCCCCUCUUCGCCAAUGACCUCCGACCCGGAAGUCUACCCAGGGUACCACGGUGCCCUCCCAGGUCCAUCCAAGUACCGCGACCUGUAGACAUUUGUUUUUUUUUUUAUUCAGCUUUUUUUGCACAUGUUCAAUUCAUCUUUUUAUGCACAUGUUUAAUCUAUG